AUGUUGAAUUUGAUGCGUCACUGGUGGAACCAGUCCAUCCACCAGCAUAAGGCCAUGAUUUCGGAUUCUCAAGUAAAAUUGCAGAACCGACUACGCAGGAAGCUGUUUGCUGGUGUCCUACUGGAAAUUGAAGAGGCAAAUGGAACGCUAACACCGCAGGAUUUCCACGCUCAUUGGUGGAUUACUUAUCAAGAUGCCCCACGAGCUCCGGCCCCAAUUAUUCUUGAACCGGAGACAAUUGCCUCGAGAAGACAGGAGAGACGACGAAUUAAAAAGGCGCGGAAGCAGGGAGCUGGAGUAAAUGGAACAAGGAGAGAUCCAAGUCGCUUUGAGUUAUCACAAACAACUAAUAUGGUAUUACCUACGAUGGCGGCGGCUUUACAAACUGCUUCCACCCCAAAACACCGUUUUUUGCAAAUGCAGUUUAACGCUAUUAACUGA